CAAAUCAACGCCCACGCAUUAAUAAAAUGAACUUCAGUUCAAACAGUUGCCAUUUUGGUUUCAAGAAACAGAGACUCGAACAAAGAUAAGGCAAUAUGCCUCUCAAGGGAAAGCUUUUCAAAGGUCGUAAGAGCAAAAGAGAUGGAGAUGCCUCCAGUAUUGCUAGCACACAGUCACAAGAAGUUCCUGUAAAUGGUGUUGGCUAUACUAUCCUCAAACCAGACAAAGAGCUCCCGUUCAAGCUACACAGAGCAGUAUGGAAUGCCCGGACUGAGAAACUGAUGCAUCUUUUAGAAGAGAACAGUGGCAAGUCAGGCAAACCUAAACAUGACCCUAAUGCUGUUGACAAGAAAGGAAGAACUGCACUUCAUUUAGCAGCUGUGAAGGAGGACCCAGCACUAAUAGACCUUUUAGCAGCUACUGCAGUUCCAUCAUGUAGAAUGCAGGACUCUGAUGGAAAUACUCCUUUGCAUAAGGCGGUUGAGUGUAAGAAAUAUGCAUCUGCUGUAAAGAUAAUUGCAAUGACAGAGAAUGUUAAUGUCAGAAACAACAAUGGACACACUCCGCUUCAUUUGGCAUCUCUUAACAAUGAUGUGCCCAUGGCACACAAGCUUUUAGACAAAGGAGCUUAUGUUGAUGAAUGUGACAAUAAUGAUAAUACACCAUUGUCUCUGUCUUGCAUUCAUUCUCAUAAAGAGUUUGCUGAGCUAAUGGUCAAAGAGGAUUGUAAUGUCAACAUCCAAAACAACAAAGGACUUACCCCAUUGAUGUUAGCUGUUAUGGAGAAUCAGCUCUCAAUUGUUACUUGUCUUCUUGAGGCUCCACAAAUUGACAUUGACGUGAAGGAAUUCACUGGAAAGAGAGCAAUCGACUAUGCCCAACCAAACUCCUCUAUUUUUUCAGUUCUCAAUAAGAAAAUGGCUUCUGAUGAUACUGCAUCUCCAACGGCAUCUCAUUUUCCCCAACAAGGUACUGGUACUGGAGGUAGUUUUGGUGCUAGUCCUAUUGCAACUGUCAGUACAUCAGCAGCACCUCCUACUUCAAAUAUACUAGAUGAUCUCUCUAGACAGGAUACUUUCCAGUCAUCUGACAGUGAUUCAUCUCUCAUUGAUGCAGUAGGAGGAGGAGGAGGAGGAAUAGGGAGUGGGUUGGUUGGAGGUAGAGAGGAGACAAGUUUCAAUAUGGACGAAGCAAUGAAGGAGAAGCUAAGGAAGACAUUCCUAGGAGAUGAUGAUGAUGAUAAGGAAGAAAAAGUAACAAAAAAUGAAGAGACAGAUAUUGCUGUGACAGUUACUGUACCUGCAAAAGAUGUUAAAAGUGAUGCUGAUAAAGUGCCUAUACAUGAGACUCCUAAACUUAACGUUCAUGAAACUUCAGCUCUUACAUCAGAAGAAGAGGAGGAGGAAGAGGAAAUUAAUGGAGUAAUACCAAAGAGAAGAGAAGGAGAGGAAGGAGGAGGAGAAAGGAUGAAGGACUCACCAGUUAAAGAGAGACCAAAGCCUUUGUUAACUGCUGGGGCUACUUCAGUCACUGAUAACAGCAAACAAACUAGUGAUAACUUAAAAGAUACUGAUUCCAAUGCUAAGGAUCACAUUACUAUUACUGAUGAUAUUGCCCAUCAAUCAUCACAUACUGAGGCCAGCCAACAUGUCCACAAACCACCACCUAGUCCUGCUAAACCUGUUGAACGAGAUAACUGGGACUGGGACUCAAGUGAAUCAGAAGAGGAGGAGGAGGUGGAGGUGGAGGUGGAGGUGGAGGAGAAAGAAGUUGAGCUGCACAAAGUUAAAGAAGGAGAGAAAGAGCCAGAGGAGUCAUCAAAAUGGGACUCAACUACAACAGAUGAUGAUGAUCUUGAUGAGAAUGACCUGCCCAGUUUUGAUACGAAUCUAACUUCUUUUUACAACCAUCAGUCAUUCAGUACACCAUUAAACACUACACCAUCUACUACUAGACCACUCACUUCUAUUAGCAGUCCUCUCGGUUUAGCAACAGCUACCAAUGCUACACCAUCUUCAGUCCAAACUUAUACAGCCUCUACUCCUCAUAGUGCCUCAAUUGGGCUCAUUCCUACUGCUACUGUUACUGGUAGUGGAGCUACUGGUGGAAUCCCGUCUGUACAGGUUUUAGAAAGGACCCUAAAAUCACAAGAUUCUAAUAUUAUAAAUGAUGAUUCUGACUAUCAUGUGUCUAGCGGGGGUAAACUUUUGCCACAGACAUCAACAGAUUUUAGACUAUCAAUGAAAAAUGAGAAUGAACUUGGUGGAAGUGAAGUCAUUGAUACCUUGGGAGCUACUCCUAAGAAACCCAGUGCAGUUCCUGCAUAUCGGAGCGAACCCACAAUAACAUCUGUACUGAGUGGCAAUACAAAUAUGCAAUCACUGAUAGCUGAGAGAAAGAAAGCAAAUCAAGAUAACUUAGAACAUGUUCUCACUCGUGAAGAGGAGGCAUCAAGACGCAAGAAGGAAAAGGACUCGGAGAUUUUGAGGAUGCUUGAGCAGCGAAAGAAGAUAACCGAUGGUGACAGUGUGACAUCGUCGCCUAUAAAGACUACCAACACAACAGAGGAGAAAGAAACUGGAAUUAAAAGAAACAAGGCUCAACUGAUGAAAGAGAAGUGGGAGAGUGGAGCACUUAAUAUAUCAUCGUCGUCAUCAUCUUCCAUCCCGAGCACCCCCACCUCUCCCUCUCCCUCUCAUCUCCCCCUCUCCCUCCCUCCUCCUCAUCCAGCCAGUAAACAUGAGGGAAGAGGAGGAGGAGGAGGCACUUCUGAUAUCAUUCACACUACACCUUCAAGACAGACUUUAGAUGCAUCAGUCACAGCCAGUCACAGUAAAGUAUCUCCUCAGAAGCUACUCCAGUCAUCAGGACCCUCUGGUCUAAGCAGCCUCAACUCCCCAUCUUCCUCUUCAAGAGAAGGACCCAAUGAGGACAUUCAAAAGAAAUAUGAAGAGCUUCACAGACAAAAUCUUAAACUGGAGAACGAGAAGCUUGAGAAGGAGCUUGAGGUGCGUGGACUCAAGUAUCAAUUGGAUCAGAUUAAAGGAGACUAUCAGACUGUACUGGAUGUUAGAACAAAUUUAAAAGAUCAGUUGAGUCGUGCUGAGGAUCAGAUGAGAGAGAAAGCUGAAGACACUCAAUCAAUCGCACUUAGAAUGAGAGAAAUUGAAAUGGAAAAUAAAUCACUGCAAGCUAAAUGCCAGCAACUGGAGGAAGAGUUGCAGGUUUUAAAAGAGACACUGGAUACAGAGAGACAAGAGUAUUUUUCAAAUGCCGCAGCUUACGAAGAACAGAAGAGACUCUAUCAAGAACUGAAAGGAGAAGCUGACAGAGCAGUGGAACAGCAAAAGACCCUUUCUGGCCUACUGGAUGAAGUGGAUAACGCAAAGGAUAACCUUGGGAAAGAAAUAGUGGAACUAAAGGAGACAAAUAAAAAAUUAGAAACUGAACUGAUUGAGACUAAAACACAGUAUGAACUAACUCAAAAUCAACUUGAGGGACAAUUAGAAGAACUGAGAGAAGAAGUUUCAGAGUACAGGGAAAAGGAUGCUGUUAUGAAGAAAAAUUUAACUGAUUUGAGUGGGAAAGUUGAAGUACUGACAGCUGCACUGGACAAAGAAACUAAUACAAGACAGAGACUAGAAGAACAACUAUCAUCGGCCAGUAAUGAAGUCUCACAGCUUCAAUUGGAGAGAGCUAAAGGUGACAAAGCUUCACUAGAGGCCAGCCAAGAACUACUGAGAGAGAAACUAACACUAGAGAAGGACCUGGGCACUGCUAAAGAAGAGAAGCAACGAUUAUCAAUACAGUUUGAUAAUGUACAGGGAAAACUGAUAGCUACUGAGCAAGAGUUGAAGUCAACUGUUUCAGUUGUUAGCGAUAAAUCAAAUCAAAUAUCAAAUCUACAGAGACAAGUUGAUCAGUUGACACAUUAUCAGCAAACAGCUCAGGAAUCACUCAUCAGAGAAAAAGAAAAAGUGUCUCAGUUAGAAUCACAGUUAGCUUCAGCCAGUGAGAAACUGAACACUUCAUUAAAUGAGACUCAUAGAGCUGGCAUGAAAGUUGAAGCUGCUGAAAGAAAAGCAAGUGAAACUGAAGAAACACUAAAAAAAGAACAAGUAUUGCUGACUGAUACUGUCUCAAGCCUUAAGAUGGAGCUAGAAAAGGCUAAUAAUGAAAUACAGUAUCAGUUGGAGCAGGUGCUAUCUUUGAAGGAGCAGCUGGCUGGGAGUGAGACAUCAAGAGCAUUAGUAGAAAAUGAAUUACAAAGAGCACAACAAGACUCUAAUGCUAAAUCAGAGAUGAUUAGUGACUUAGAGAACAGACUCCAAUCAUCAGAUAGUACACUCACUGAGGUCAAAGGUCAACGUGAGGAGCUACAGGCUCAGCUAACAGUUCUACAGUCUACUCUCCUCUCACGGGAAGAAGACGUCAAGAAAAGUAAAGAGAUGCUUGAUGAGUUUCGCGAGGCACUUGAGAAAGCUCAGAAAUCAAUAAAAGACAUGGCAGCUGAUAGAGACAGGCAAAUGAAGAAAAAGAAUGAAUUGGAAGUUAAAUUGGUUGAAGCAGAAGGUAAAGCUACUCUAUUCCUGUCUGAGAUGAGCACUGGAGCUGAAUACAUCAAACAACUUCAACUGGAGAUUGAGCAACUGAACCAAUCAAGAUCAUCAUUACAGGAGCUAGCAACAAAGCUACGUAGUGAAGUGGUGUCACUUGAUAGUCAGUUGGACAAUGAGAAGAGCUACCGCUCAAAAGCCGAGCAAGAGAACACAGAACUGAAAGAACUCUGGGAGAAUGAGGUCAAAGCUAAACAUAAAAUAACAGAAAAGUUUAUGUUGCUUGAGCAAGAAUGCAAGGACUCUGGCGAUCUUGUUGAUACCGAGAAGCAGAAGCUGCUAAGAGCCGUAGAACAAAAAGGAAUGAUUGAAAUGAAAAUGGAGACACUUCAUGAAAGAAAUGCUCAACUCCAGAGAGAGAAUGGUGAGCUAAAAGGUCAAUUGAAAAGCCACAAAAAGAAGCAAAAAGAAUUCGAUAAAUUAGAAUCAACAGCACAUGCACUCAGACAAGAGCUUGAUCACACUCAAUCCUCAAUGCAAGCUGAAAUAACAAUGCUACAAAACCAAGUGCGAUUGUAUCAAGAACAACUGAAGAAUGAAACAGAAAGUAGACAAUCUAUUGAAAUGAAGUCGUCUAGUUUACUACUUGAACUGGACUCUGUUCAGAAGUGUCUGUCUAGCGUCCGUCAUGAUUUACAGGAUAAAGAUAAAGAGCUGAGAAAGAGUGAGAGACAGAUGAGUCAGCUGAAAGAGGAGCUCUCAGAAAUGGAGAACACAGUAAACAGGAAAAUGAUACCAAAGACUGAACUGGAAACCAUCACCAGACAAAUGGAAGAAAAGAGCACUGAAGACUUUAGUAAGAAAAUGAUUGAAUUCAAUGACCUACUAGAACAACAAGCCUUGAAUUAUCAAAAACAGGAUUCAAUACGAGUCAUGCAAGAGAACGAGAGAAGAGAAAAACAAGACCAAGAGAUAUCAGAACUAAAGCAAAAACUAAAUGGUAUGAUGUCUCACUAUGAAAAGCAGCACUCGGAAAUUGAAAGAGCUUUUCUUGAAGCUCAAAGAUACAAGAGUCUUUAUGAACAAGAAGCAAAGAGAAGAGACAAACUGAUAGCAAAGUUAGACAGAUCAAGAGAAGUGGCAGCCACUUCAAGACAGCAACUGAGCUUUGAAAAGAAACAGACCAAAAAGCUUAGAAAUGCUGGAUAUAAUGUCCUGUCACAGCUUGGUACCACCCCCAAAUUACCAACCUCAACACCAAUAAGACACACGUCAGAGGCUCCUCACAGUCCACCUACUGAGGAAUUACUACGAUCAAUACAUUCAGAAUUAGACCAAUCACUAGCAAGACAUUUAGAAUCUACGCCAGCUUCUUACAAUCGACCAAAUUUUGAUAGUGCACAUGGAGCUAAAGCCGAGUCUCACCUUGACUCAAUAAGAAGGAACUAUCGAUUAUGAGACUGAGAGAGGAUGGAUCUUGAUGCUCUCUAUAUGAAAGAUAGAAAAAAGAUAACACACACAUGAAAUCUGCUAUUAUCAUUAUUAUACGCACAUACAUCUCUUACACUUUAUAUUUUAUUGUUAAAAUACAUGUAUCAUUAUUUUAGACCAUUAUUGAUAAAUAUAUGUGUAGUGACUUAUUUCAAAGAAAUAUCAAUGCUAUAAA